AUCAUUUAAAACUUUCUACGAAUGUCAAAAUCAGAUUUUGAAUAUCUUUUGCAAAAUGUUGGACCAUUUAUAGAGAAACAAGAUACAAACUUACGAAGUGCAGUUACCGCUGAAACAAGACUAGCCAUUACUUUAAGAUAUUUAGCUACUGGAGAUUCAUAUUCUUCACUCUCAUACACUUUUAGAGUUUCCAAACAAUUAAUCAGCCGGAUCAUACCCGAAGUUUGUAAGAAUAUAAAACGUGUGUUGAAGAACUACAUCCAGGUUCCGAGUUCCGAAGCGCACUGGAAAGAAAAGGCCCGUGAGUGGAACGAAUUAUGGAAUUUUCCACACUGUGUCGGAGCUAUAGAUGGGAAGCAUGUGGUUAUUGAAGCGCCUAGCAAUAGUAACAGUGAUUACUACAACUACAAAGAUCAGUUAAGUAUUGUACUACUGGCUAUUGUAGAUGCAUCUUAUAAUGUUAUAUAUGCAAACUGUGGUGCGAAAGGAAGAGCAUCUGACAGUGGCAUCUUUCAAGAAACGAGUUUCUAUCAAAGAAUGGUGGAACACCGUCUUAAUUUUCCAAACCAAGAAACGAUAUCACCAGAUGGACCUGACCUUCCUUAUGUAAUACUGGGCGAUAGUGCAUUCCCAUUAUCGGAAAACUUGAUGAGGCCGUACCCGGGUAUUCAUAACCGUGGCACAAUGAAACGAAUUUUCAACUAUAGACUCUGUAGGGCCAGGAGGGUUGUAGAAAAUGUUUUUGGAAUUUUAUGCGUGGUUUUUCGUGUAUUUCGUAAACCAAUUCCUCUCAAGCCUGAAAAGUGUGAACUUAUUGUAAUGGCAUGUCUUUACAUGCAUAACUUUUUAAGAAGGAAUAAACAAUCUAGAGCCUUGUAUACGCCCCCGAUGACUUUUGAUUUUGAAGACAGUGACCAUAAUGUCAUAGAAGGUGCUUGGCGUAGAGAGUAUACAGUUGAAGGAACUUCAAUUUUGGAAUUGGAAAGGCGACCUAGAAAUUCAGCACGUACUGCUACAAUCAUAAGGGAUCAAUUUGGUGAAUAUUUCAUGAGCGAAAGAGGAAGCUUGCCGUAACAAAACAAUGUAGCUUAAUGCUAUGGCGGUAGUGUUUUCGUAUAUGUUAGAUAGAAUAUUUACAUGCCUACAGCUGAUAACAUAAAAAUAAAAUAUGAAUAAUGCG